AUGGCCCUGUACGAGCUCGUCGAUAUUGGUGCGAAUCUGGGUCACCCUUCAUAUCUAAAAGACUUGAAUGAUGUGCUCGAUAGGGCCAAACAAGCGGGAUUAUCGAAAAUUAUGGUGACCGGAACGAGUGAAAAAUUAAGUCAGGAAUGCGCCAAGCUUGUUGAGAAGUACCCGGGAUUUCUAUAUUUUACUGCAGGUGUACACCCUCAUGAUGCGAAAGAUUGGAAUGAUGAAACAUUGGAAUCGAUCAAAACUCUUCAAGAAAAUCCAAACUGCGUGGCUGUUGGUGAAUGUGGACUCGAUUUCAAUCGGAAUUUCUCUCCACAAGAUGUUCAACGUGAAGUGUUCGCGAAGCAGGUCGAUCUUGCUGUGAAGCUUCGAAAGCCGCUGUUCAUUCAUGAGAGAGAAGCUCAUGAAGAUAUGGUGAAAGUGUUGACAGCAGCAGGAUCAGAUCUUCCACCUACAGUCAUUCAUUGUUUCACCGGAACCGUCGAGGAAGCGAAGAAGUACUUGGAGAUGGGUCUGUACAUCGGGCUAACAGGAUUCCUGUGGAAAGAUCGAUCUGAUAAUGGAGUACAAGCCGGUCUACGAUCCGGAGAAAUACCGAUUGAGAAACUGGUUCUGGAAACCGAUGCACCUUACAUGUACCCAAAGAUCAACGAUAAGAAGAUUCCGAAGGAGAUCAAAAGUUUGAUCACACCAGAAACAGAAGCUCUCCACAAGUUCUCUUCGUUCAAUCGCAAUGAGCCAUGUUCACUGGCCGCCGUUUGUGAACUUGUUGCUGCAUUCGCCGGUCGCGAUCCCAAAGAAGUUGCUCGAAUCACUACUGAAAAUGCUAAGAAAAUCUACAAAUUGGAAUAA